UAGAGGAAGUGUCUCACAGCAUGUUUGAGCUGCUUCAGGGCAGUGUUGCUGCUGCUGCUGCUGCUGUUGUGCUCAAUAAGAGUCAGGCGUCUUUUUCUCUGGAGAACUAUAGAGAUCAUCAUCUGACAUUUAAUUGACAAAAUGCUUCAAAGGAAACUAUCUAAUGUCUCUGACAAACAGAGGAAUAAACCAAAGCGUUCCACCAGUUUUGGGAUUUUUGACAGGCCCACCCAGUUCAAAACAGAAGAAAAAGGAGAUGGUUUGCCUGUGGAAACAGAGUCUCCCGAGGUGGAUCCCGGUAAAACAGGAGGUCUUGGGAAGAGGAUGAAGACCAUCUCUCUGACCAUGCGUAAAAAGAUGGGCAGGAAAUAUACUAAAGCCUUGUCAGAGGAAAUGGGAGAGGAAAAGCAACCUGUGGCAACUGAAGAGGGAUACGGUGGAAGUCCUUUAGCUAAAGGUUGCAACAAUUCCAGUAAUUCUGUGGAGAGUUUGUUCAGUUUGCACAGCGGACAGAGCUCAUCCAGUGGUGUGACCAGCAGCUCGGAGGGUUAUAGUAACAGGGACAGCCUGCGUCUAGAAGACAUGCCCUACACAGGCCUUUUCUGUGGGAGAGCCAAGGUCCACACUGACUUUUUUCCCAGUCCGUAUGACACGGAAUCUCUCAAUCUCAAGAUGGGAGACAUUAUUGACAUCAUCAGUAAACCUGCAAUGGGAAUCUGGACAGGGAUGUUGAACGGCAAAGUGGGAAACUUUAAGUUUAUCUACGUUGAUGUGCUGGUGGAAGAAGUCGUGCCAGAACCAAGGAUUCGUUCUCACAGGAGGAGCAGAAGACCUCGACCCAAAACCCUCCAGGAACUUCUGGAGAGACUCAACCUGGAGGAGCACAUUUCGUCUCUGUUGUUGAACGGUUAUCAGACGGUGGAUGAUCUUCGAGAUCUUAAGGAGAAGCAUCUCAUAGAGCUCAACAUUAUCGACCCUGAACAUAGACACCGACUGCUAGCGGCAGCAGAAUGCCUUCAGGAUUCAGAAUAUAAUAAUCAGAGCCAUGGAGAGACAGACGAGGUGCCCAAAUCUCCCUCCGAGCAAAUUAAAACAGAGCUGAAUGACUGUCCCAGAGACUCUGGCUGUUACACUGGAUCUGACUGUUCAGAUAACAGUAAAGAGGACACCGAAAACCAGAUGGCCCCUCUGAGCCCACCAGCAGCUGAAACCUAACCACAACAC